AUGCCUGGCCCAGAGUACAGUACGCACGCCAAAACCUCUGAAAUCGAUAACAAGAACGAACUCCAAGACAAGAAUCGGUCCUCAGUGGAAAUUCAAUCGAAUGCCAUACACAAUGGAGCCCAGGAGGAACAUGAUGAAAAACAUUCUCGCAAUAUUAAAGUCUAUCUCUCAACCGACUCAAUAGCGUUUUUCUUGCUAGGAAUGCUGGUUGGCUUACCCUGUACGACAAUAACUGCCGCUGCAAAAGCCAUGUUUACCGGAGUGACAGGAGCUUACGGUCUAUGUGCCUUUGUAACCGCCGCGAUCACAUCUUUUGCGACUCCUCUCUUUGCACACUUGAUUCCAUAUACGCUCAAAACUGUUAUACUGGUAGUAGCAGGUGUAGCAUCUUUCGGUAUCUGCACUCUCGGCUCAAAUGUAGCAGGCCCCGUGGUGGGAACAAUGCUAGGAGGGGCAACCUACGCGUUUGGUUCCAAUACAUACCUCGCUGUUGCCGCUUCCUUCCCACAAUUCACAGUGGUGUCUUUCAGCAGUGGCUGUGGAUUUUCCGUUGUGUUCGGCCCAGCCUUAUACAUUGCCCUGAUGAAGCCCUUAGACCAGUCCUGGAAAAAGGUAUUCUGGACAUGUAUGGCCCUUCCAAUCGGGAUGUGCCCUGUCUGGUGGAUAAUGUUGAGCAGUGAGAGGAGGAAAGAGGCCGAGCGUGUACGAGGGCUCGCAAUGGAUCGUCGCGACUCACCCAGCGGGGAUUCGACCGAGUCAAACUCAACAAAGAGCGAAUUCAAAUCGACCACGCCUCUGCAAGUAGAAAAGAGUUGUCCAGGAGGCUUUGGCAAAGAUCGCUCACGUCUCGGGCUAUUCUUCAAGAUCAUUCUUCCACGCUACGUUGUUCCAUUGCUACUUUGCACGACUAGUGCAAUUACAACAAUGCUAGGCCUAUCCCCUACGCUUCAGGACUUGAGGAGUUUUAAGGGUUCGCCUCACGGGGACUUGCAGUUUGAGAUAUGUUAUCUUGCAUAUGGGUUUGGUCAAUUCCUCUUCUCCACUUUGUCAAUGAGGUUCAAGCUUACAUUCAUCUGGGGCUGGGCUAUCAUGCAAAUCGCAAUUGUCGUCAUCGGUGUCAUCCAACUCUUCAGCCCCUUCCUAAAAUAUUACCCUGCCUGGGUUGUUUUCCUGUUCCUAGUAGGUGGAGGUGUGGGUGGAGGUGUUACUAACACUAACUACAAGAUUGCGGACGAUUUCAGGCGUCAAGGUGAGCCGGAGGAAGUUAGGAGCUUUGCCAUGAGUUAUGGAGGCUUGGGGAAUUUUGGCGGUGAUGCUUUGGGUGGAAGUCUUGCGAUUCUUGUUGAAGUCCUAGCAACGAAGUAUCUGAAGAAGCACGUACAUUAG